CCCAGAGGUAAAUGGCGGGUGCGAAGUGAAACACAUGUCUUCCCACAUUUCGACUUAAGAUAUAACAAGAAAUACGUGCAAUUAAGUAGGUAGCAGCUAUAAAGUAGAGUAGUUCAACAACUUGACAAAAGAUGUCAACAUCAUCUCCAAGCCCUACCAGCGAUAUGACGUCAGCUGAAUCAACAUCGACAAAUUCGUCAAAUCCAUCAUCAGAAAAUGAUUUAGACACUGGGCCGAAUACAAAAUGUACAAUAUGUAAUGAAACCUAUACGAUUCCUAAAGUACUCUCGUGUUUUCACACAUUUUGUCAGCCUUGUCUUGAAAAACUUCAGGAGACCCCUGAUAAGAUCACAUGUGUCGGUUGCAGACAGGAUACAUUAUUAGGACCCCUUGGACUUCAUGGAUUAGUGCCAGACUUCGCAGUCAGUAACAUCCUUGAAGAAAAUGAUGUGACGGACACAUCAGCACUACAUUGUACAGGGUGUAAGACAAAGGACACAAACGCAGUAGCUCGUUGUUUUGAUUGCGCUAAUUUGCUCUGCGCUAACUGCGUCAUGGCGCACCAAUUCAUGCAUUGCUUUGAAGGGCAUCAUGUACGAUAUCUGGCCGAUUUACAAAACAAAGACGCUAAGAUUGAGAAAACAGUUCAAUGUCUGAAGCAUAAGCAUGAUGCUUUGAAAUAUUUCUGCCUGACGUGUAAUAUACCAAUAUGCCAGGAAUGCACAGUUGUCGAUCAUGCGAAUGGUCACAAUUACGAGAUCAUAUCAGAAAUAAGCGAUGGAAUUGUUGAGAAAAUUCAUCAGAUGUCGGAAGAUUCGAAGAAUAAGGCAAACUCUCUGCGUGGUUUGUCCAAAAGUAUCGAGCACACAUCCAACCACUUGCAAAUCCACUACCACAAAGCGCAAAAUGAAAUCAACGAGACCUACAAUUUUUAUCGUUCGAUGAUUGAGGAACGCAAACAGGAGGUACUCAAGGAGUUAGAUGGCGCAUAUAAUGCAAAGCAGGUGACCUUGAGCGCCAUAGCAACGAAGAUGCAGGAUUCUACUGAUAAGUUAUACCAGGCAGCUGAGUUUGUUGACAAAUUGAAGGGCCACACAAGUAGUUCCGAGUUGCUGGUCUACAAAAAGCUGCUGGAUGAUAAACUUGAUGGCUUGUUAAACUACUUCCCAGAUCAGAACAUUCAGAAUAUGUUCGAUAUGGAAUUCGUCUCCAAUUACCAGGCGAUACAGGUUGGAGUCCGAAAUACCUUUGGAUAUGUGCGCCAGAAUGCUGAUAAGCCUGCCCCAAUAGCAAGACCAAAUACAGUCAUCCAGAAUCAUAAUCGUAAAAAUCGAAUCAUGUCCGACACGAGUGGUCUCAUGAAUGGUCAGCACCAUGGUCAAUUGAUUGAUACGCAUUCAUUGAUCAAGCGAUUCUCCACGAAUAAUCUGUUGAAUUUCCCACCACCACCAAGUCUGCCGUCACCAACGGAACAAAAGGUUUCCUACGAUACAUGGUCUCCUGGUAUUGACAUCAUGCAGAAUGGAGGUCAGGGAGGGGGAGAUGUCUUCACGACCAGCGCAGAUCCAAUAGUUGACCUUACGUCCAAGCUUAUCACAGCAAAUAUCUACCCACCGAAAUCACAGCUGAAACGACAGAAGAUGAUUUACCAUUGCAAGUUUGGUGAAUUUGGCGUCAUGGAAGGUCAAUUCACAGAGCCAUCUGGUGUAGCUAUCAACGCCCAGAAUGACAUCAUUGUCGCCGAUACCAACAAUCACAGAAUUCAGAUAUUUGAUCGAGAAGGUCGCUUCAAAUUCCAAUUUGGGGAAUGUGGGAAACGUGAUGGCCAAUUGUUGUAUCCCAAUCGUGUCGCUGUUGUUCGAACCUCUGGUGAUAUUAUUGUUACUGAGCGUAGUCCAACACACCAGGUACAAAUCUACAACCAAUAUGGGCAGUUUGUUCGCAAAUUUGGCGCCAACAUCCUACAGCACCCCCGUGGAGUCACUGUUGACAGCAAGGGUCAUAUCAUCAUCGUUGAGUGCAAGGUGAUGCGUGUCAUCAUUUUCGAUCUCUUUGGAAAUGUUCUACAGAAAUUUGGCUGCUCCAAGCAUUUGGAGUUUCCCAAUGGUGUCGUUGUGAAUGACCAAGAAGAAAUCUUCAUCAGUGAUAAUCGCGCUCACUGUGUUAAAGUGUUCAGCUACCAGGGGGUGUUUCUACGACAAAUCGGAGGUGAAGGCGUCACAAAUUAUCCAAUCGGUGUUGGAAUCAAUCUUGCUGGAGAAAUCCUCAUUGCCGACAACCACAAUAACUUCAACGUUACCAUGUUCACCCAAGAUGGCCACUUCCUGCAUGCCUUUGAGAGUAAGGUAAAACACGCACAAUGUUUCGAUGUGGCCCUCAUGGACGAUGGGUCCAUUGUACUCGCCAGCAAGGACUAUCGUUUGUACAUCUACCGAUACAUGCAACUUCCUGUGUUUCCUAUGUAACUUCAUAGAGACUUCCGAGGCUCAGAGAACUAUUCAGUUAAACUAUCACAUUGGUGUAUCAGACAGUAUCACAAAGGUGUAUCAGACUGUAUUGUGGAUCCCAACUUAGUGACACUAAUCAUAGAAUUUGACCCAAUAAACUUAAUAGGUGAUACAAAACAGCAGUUGAGUAUUCCAAGGAUUCAGCACUUAAAAAAAGCUAUGAGACAAUGCCGUUCGACUAAUAAGUAUUUUGUGUUGAAGUUGCCAUACAGUAAGUUCUCAAGCCUCAUAUUUGAAGCAAUAUAGAUAACUAAGAUGACUUGAGCGUAAAAGUCUAGUGAAGACUUCUUGUAGGGUCAGUCUCAUACAGUAUUCUUUUGGAUGAGAAGUGAUACAAUCUCCAAUGCAUGUGUUGCUUCACUAUUAUUACAUGUUUGCCAAAUUAGUAGGACUAAUUAAUUCAAUUUAUAUAAUCAGCAUAUCAAGUAUAGACGAUUCAGGAAUUGAAUAUAACAUGAGUAAUUUUUAAUUGAAUACAUUUAUUUGCUAUAAGGCCGAAUCAUAUAAAUAUAUGUUUCACAUCUAGUCAAUUUUUUCAUAGUGGAUGUGAAACAUUCUUUUAGCUUGGCCUUUUUGUAAACAUUAAAUGCUUGGAUGCAUGUAGACCUUGCUCAUACCCCACAAUGGAUGCAUUUUUGAUAAUUAGCAGAAACCCAGUUAGAAAUUAUGUAUUUUCAUAUGUUGCUUGUAUCUUUAUUAUCUAUAAACUUUUUGACAAAUUAACUACAAACUUGAUUUUUAAUCAAAUAAUUUUAUAGAAUUUAAAACUUUGAUAAAUCAUCAUACUCUCAAAUGGAUUUCAUGAUGGAUAGUCUGCCAUUUUGAAUAUUUUGAGUGUUCAGUACCAAAUAUAUCGAUUGCUGCAAUAUUCACUAUAUAAUCUGAUAAUUGUAUUAUACUAUUAUAUUUGCAUGUUAAAAACUUCAGAGUUAUAUUUCUUGAGCAUAUACAUAUAUUAUUGUAAAAUUGGUAAAAGACAUUGCUAGUGACAUAUGUUCAGUCCCUCUCAUAUUUAUAAUUCAAGACAAACCGUAUAAGUUCUUAUUUCUGUAUGAAAUAUCACAAAUUGUUUUAGGUCAUGCUCAAGAUAUAUGAACUGGGUUAUUGUUGUGAACAUAUGUGCUACCUCUAUUUUAUUGCAUGUGGUUAGCCCGUUACGCAGUUAAUUAUUAUUACACUAUUAUUAUUAUAAUGUCAAUUGCCAAACGGUUAUUUUUAGCUAUAGUUUUAUGUUUAGCCAUAGAUGUGUGUUUUAUUUUAGCUGUAUAUAGGUUUGUUUUAAGUUUAGGCCCAGGGAUUGAAUCCUCGAUUGCCAUGCCAUCAUCAAUUUUAUGUGUAGUUGCUAAGGUAACGGGAGUGCAUAGCAACUAGUGAUCCAAUCCCUGGGCCAGUUGUUAGAAUUAAAUAUUGUGUACAACUAUGUGUUUAUUAUAACUGUUAAUCAAAAUAUGCAUGACAUUAUUUUAUUAUUGUAUUGAAUUAAGGGAACUAAUGGUCACAUUUAUUUUAUAUAUCAAUAUAUUUUAAAUAUUAUAUAAUAAUUGAUGUUGAGCGUUUUUAUUACCAUGUUUAAUAGGAGAGAGUGUAUGAGAAAUUCAUCAGAUGAGAUUAAGUUUAUCACAAUUUGGGUGCAACGUUUUAUGCUCAACCUAAUGUUUUGUAAAAAAAGAAAUAUGUUGAUUUUGAAAUACGUUCAUUGUUAAGCAGAACAUCCUGAAAAGUGACACACUUUUUCUGUUAUUUAGAUCAUGUAUAUGUUUCUCACAAUCUUUUCUAUUUGGAAUUAUGACACAUGAGUGUGGAGGCUUCUGAUUUCAGAAAAAGUGUGACAGUUUUCUAAGUUUUGUUAAUAACAAAGUCAACAUGAUCUUGGCUUUCAAAUGAUUGCAAAUAUCAAUAUUUAUGACUACUAGAGUGCUGAUCUUGGCCAGCAAAUUCAGCUUCAAAUUUUAAUUAUAUGCUUCGUUUUAAGAAUACUUUUACUGAACAAUCAAUUUAAUUUUUUAUUUCUGUUUUAAUAGGGACAUGAGUCAGUUAUUAAAGUUAGUUGAUUUUGCUAGCCAGGAUCUUUAAUGUAUUAUUUUCAUGUCAUGAUAUUUUGAAAGUAUUUUCUUGUCAUGAUAUUUUGAUUCUUCACAAGAGUUUUGUGAAAUUAUCAACACCAAAUUGAUUCAAUGUAUAACUAUAAAAUACAUGUUGUUAUUCUAUGUUAAUUUUGCUUUAAAUAUUUAACUACACUGUGUGACAGUGUUGAAAACUAUGGUUCUGUUUUUAUAUUGUAUUUAUUUUACGUAGUUAUGUACUAGACAGUGAUAUAAAGUUAAGAAAAAAACAAAAAUGUAAAAAAAAGUAUAUGAAGGAUAUUCUGACAGUUUGACGGAAACUCAACCGGUGUUUGUUGGAGUUGAAUUUAAACGAUGAGGUUCAUCGAAGUGUAUAUGAAUAUUUAGUGGUGUUAUUAUAUGCUAUAUUUUACCACAAGUAUUGUACAGUAGGUCUCUGUCAAAUAAGUCAAAAUACGCAAUGUUGCAAAGUAUUAAUGCGAAAUGUAGGAAUGGCUCUUGGUCAGUGGCAAAUGGAAACUUAAAACUCAGCAAAAAUUCAGCUACAAAAAUCAAUAAGUUUGGACAUUAAAAUAAAUGUACACGAGUCCCAUUUUGGGUCCCUUCAGAUAUGUGUUCACUUAACAUUCCUUCGUGAUAUUGAAAUCACUGAAAAGAAGUAAACAUAUGUUGGUUUUAAUUUCCGGUUGCCUGACCUGGGAGAGUUUUUUUGUAAUCUCACUCAUGAAUGACAGUGUUGGUUAAAGCAAAGCUUAGGACCAUUAAUUCCAAAGAAUUUUAUUUUUAAUACUUAACUCAUGGUAAUGUAGAAUAUUUUAUACAGAUACAGAUAUAGCUAGUUUUUGUUUGGGGUUUUGCUACCAAUUGUUAUGAGAUUUCAAUUAAGAGAUCUCUUCCAUAUUUUAUACACAAAAUUAAGCGAUUUGCACCUUUAUACAAACUGUUCUUAAAAAUUAAAAAAAAACUUUUAUACUUAACUGUUAAUUUGGUCAAAAAUUGUUAAAAUGAUAAAAUGCUUGGCUGAUUUUUCUAGAAGAAGGGUGAUGUAUUUCUGACCCUUAUAUCAUGUUACAAAACAGUAUAACAGUGUAUCUGCUAUAUAGUGUAGAGGUCCUUUUUACAUCAUUCACCAAAAGUGUAUUUUCCAUUUAGAUUUGCCAUAAAACAUUUUUAAACAUUAAAGUCACAUAUUUUCAUAUAACUUGCAGGUUAAGUGCAUUCUCCGAACUGCAGAUGAAGGUUAAGGCCAGUUUCUCUGCGGUUCAAAGAAUGACAUGAUUAUUGUAUUAUUCUUACUAUAUAAUGCAGCUUCAUAUUAACUCUAGAAAUGAUUUAUAAAAAAUAAUGUUAUUGGUAGGUUACAUCAAACCAUUUACAUAUUACUACUUCAUACAGUAUAUAAAGUUAUAGAAAUCUCACUCUGGCAAUAUUUAUGAAAUGUUCGCUACCAUAGCAACUGUUGUUAGGUAAUAUUGUUGAAUGUUGUCUGGUAGUUAUGCAGGGUACAUGUUGUAUAGUGUGUAUUGUGAGUAUAUAUAAAACAAAAAGAAAGUGAAGGAAGUGCCAAUCUUUAGUAUGAGAAUAAAAUGUGUGCAUAUCUGUUUAUUUAAGCACAUUUAAGCUUAACUUUAUAUAUACUCGCAAUGAUAAUUGUAAAGAGCAUGUUUAGUCGUAACCUUAGCACUUGUAAAUAAUCCUCAGAAAUUCUUGGGAAAAUUUUGGAAUGCUGUAACCUUUAGAUAAAAAUUGGUUAAUUAUCACGUUGUGAGGAAAAUCUUUGACGGCUUACCUGUAAUAUUUCACCAGGUUUUCAUUUGAAACCCGACAGCUGAUCUAGGGUUGCUACGAUUAACAGAUUACAUCCGUACAAUUUCAGAAAGAGAAAAACUGAUAUCCCCUUGUGAAAUAUUCAUGUGAUUCAUCUUUUUGCUUAUUAAAUUUCCUUUUUGAGACAAUCUCAAAGAAAUCUUAAAGAAAUCUAAUAUUCUGAUGCCAUAUCAGUUAAUACAGAUUGCCUUGUUUUGUCUUGCCAGAUCUGAUUUGUUGCCAGAUUUACACCUGUUUUGCCAGAUUUCUAUCAUUGUUGCUAUUUCAUUUUGUAAAUAUUUCAAGAAAACUAUGGUGAUAAUUGUCACUUCAUGUUACUUUUUAUUAUCUGUCUCAUUAUUAUUUUUUGUUUUCACUGUAUAUCUGAUAUAAUGAUCCUUGGUGUAUCAACUAAAAUUAACCGACUCAGAGUAGAAAAAAUUAUUAAAAGUGUCACAUAACAUUAUGCACUCAUCUCGGACCGAACAUUUAUUAUUUUAAAAUCUUUUUUAAAUAAUGUGGCAAUAUGUCUUUUUUUACUCGGAACUUCGAAAAUCAGAUUGCAUUUUGGGGGUGUAGGCCAAUCAUAAAAUGAAAUGUAAGUUUAGGCUACCCAUAUAAUAUUAAUUGGAAGUUUGGG